AUGUCGCUGCCCAAGACGUUCCCUCUCAAAGCUGCCAAUGGCACCACUAUCGAGAUACCCUCGGUGGGCUACGGCACCUGGUCCUCAGGCGAGAACGACUGGGCCAAGGAUGCCACCCUCACCGCACUGAAGGAAGGUUACCGACACAUCGAUGGAGCAUGGAUGUACGGUGUAGACGAAUCCGUCGGCGCUGCGAUCAAAGAGUCCGGCAUUCCCCGCGAGGAGAUUUUCGUCACAUCAAAAGCAUGGCCGAACUUCUUCGCUCCGGAGAACGUGGAGAUCUGCCUCGACCAUGUCCUCAAAGCAACGCAGUUGGAUUAUAUCGACCUCUUCCUCGUUCACUGGCCCGUCACUUUCAAGCCUAUAUCACGUGAAGCUCUCCUCAAAGCGCAAACCGGCCACGGAAAGUCCCAGGAGGACAAGGGUAUUCUCCAGGAGAAUGGUGCUAUAGUCGUGGAUUGGGGACACACCUCCACACCGAUCGCAAGAAAGGCUGGCCAUGAGGGAAGUUUCGUCCCGACAUGGAAGGCAAUGCAAGAGCUCGUGAAGAAAGGCAAAGUGCGCGCGAUCGGCGUAUCGAAUUUCUCCAUCGCCGACAUCGAAGAGCUCCUGCCGCAUUCAAAGGAGAUUCCCAUCUCAUGUAAUCAGAUCGAAGUCCACCCUUGGCUGCCGCAGACGGAAUUGAUCGAAUUCGCUCGCAAGCAUGAUAUUCUCACAACGUGCUAUUCACCAUUCGCGGGCCAGAAGAAAGACGGUCAGACACUUUUGAAGGAUGGGACGGUCCUCGCGCUGGCGGAGAAGAAUGGGAUGGAUGUCGGGCAGAUUUUGCAGAGCUGGGCUGUGCAGAGGGGCACUGUGCCGUUGGGAAAGAGUGCUACCCCGAGUAGGAUUAAGAGCAAUCUUCAGGUUAGGAAAUUGUCGGAUGAAGACUUCAAGGCGUUGGAUGCGCUGAAGCUUGAGGGCGAUGAGGGAAGGACCGUCAAUCCAUCAAAGACUUGGGGUGUGGCUCUUUAUUAG